AUAACAACCAAUGGACUCCCCGCUCUUCCUGGGCUUCGAUGUAUCAACUCAAUCAUGCAAGGCAGUCGUGGUCGAUGAGAAUCUCAACACUGUCUUUUCUACCUCCCUUAACUUCGAUAAAGAUCUACCGCAGUAUCACACCAUCAACGGAGUGUCGAUCAAAGACUCUUCAGGAGUAGCCAAGUCGCCCUCGGCGAUGUUCUCCUCUGCACUUCAGCUCUCCAUAGAGCGACUACGACGAGCCGGGUGCCCACUGAAGAGGAUAGUAUGUAUCAGCGGGUCAGGGCAGCAGCAUGGUAGUGUCUACCUCGCCGCUACAGCGAUCAAUGGCCUACUACCUGAUGAUGACGAUACUGAUGAUGAUGAAGACCUUGGAGAAUGGCAGCUCGAGCACGGCUUGUUCGCCAUGAAAGAUGGGCCCAUCUGGAUGGAUACCUCUACCAGUGAGGAGUGUCGACAACUGGCACACUGUGUUGGAGGUGAUAAUAACUUGGCGAAACUCACUGGCUCGAAGGCAUGGGAGAGGUUUACUGGCAAUCAAAUUCUAAAGUUGCGGAGACACUCACCAGAGGUAUUCGAUCGGACGGCCAGGAUCUGCCUAGUCAGCAGCUUCUGCGCCGGUGUUCUCCUCGGACGCCCAACUCGAGUCGACUAUUCCGAUGCUGCUGGAAUGAACAUGAUGGAGCUCUCCUCCCUAAAUUGGUCUCGGCCAAUAUGCGACUUCAUCGAUGGGAAGAGCGCUGAUGCUUUGACCACCAGACUGGGCGGUCAACCCGUGGACCCGAUGGCCAUCGCCGGGAAUAUUUCAACGUAUUGGCAGCAUCGGUACGGCUUCUCACCGUCCUGCACUGUUAACUACUGGAGUGGAGACAACCCGUGUGCAGCCGUCGGGAUGGGCCUCCUCAAUAGUGGCGAUAUACUCGUCUCUUUGGGGACUAGUGACACGUGCCUCUGUGUGCUCCCUUCGAUGCCCGUGUCACCACCACCAUCAGCGUUCAUAUUCCCUCACCCUGUCAAGCCUGGAUCCUUCAUAGCCAUGCUAGUGUAUACCAACGGGGACGUCACUCGGAGGACUGUCAAGGGCAACAGAUCAUGGGAUCAGUUUUCGGAGUCGAUUCGAGCUAGCAGCCCUGGUAAAUAUCUAACGCUGUUCACGAGUACUCAGGAGAUCCUUCCUGCAUUACAAAAAGGUGAUCCAAUAACCGCCGAGAUUGGAAAUAGAGAUGACGAGGUUUCUCCGGGCAUUCUCGAGCGAUUCCCAGAGGGUAAACUGCUGGUCACAGGAGGCGGUAGCAGAAGCGAACAGAUAAGACAAGUAUUCUCUGACGUAUUUGAAAGAAGUGUGGUAGCGUUGGACAGUCCUGAUGCGGCGGCACUUGGUGCUGCUUAUAAAGCAAUGCUCGCUACGGCCAAGCUCAAUGGUAAGGACGUUAUCGAUGAGAAUUGGUAUGAUAGGGCGUUACAGAUACUCUUACGGAGGGCGAGCGACUUUUGCGGAAUCAUAUAG